AUGUCCACAAGUUACAGCAAACCGCUUGUCGAAUCCUUGCUCACCAACUGGGAGAACCGUCAAUCUGCCACUGAUCAACAAAUCCAAACUCAACUCCAACUCCUCUCCGAGACCAAACAAAAAUGUCUCGACCAAAUUCAACACGACACUGAAAUGCUCAUCAAAAUGAUCCAAGAUCGAGCUCAAUCAUUGACCACUGAACUCGAACAAAAAUCACAAGAAAAGAGAAUGGAAUUGGAGAACUUGUUGAAAGAAAAGACUGAAUUGAAAAAGUUAUUCUCUUCUCAUCACGAUGUUGCUUGCACAGAUCGAGUGGUUUCAGAUGAAAAUCUCAGUGUUGAUGAAAGCGUAUUGAAAAAAGUUCAAGAUUUCACUCAGUCCAAGAUUGUUGAAAAUCUUGAAAGUUAUCACAAGUUCAGUGUUCCUUCAUUGGAUUCUACUCUCUUUCAGGACUUGUUGUUGAACAAGUUAGGAAAAUUGACCGUUCCUGCAGCUAGUAUCAAGACCAGAGUUCCAUCUCCUUCUUCUGCUUCUUCAGCAACCAAUCAUGGUUUUGUCACAACAAGUUCAGCACCCUCAGUUGUGACAAGUCUUGAUCGAAGACCUCGAAAUGCAUCGUUUAUGAGAUUACCAGUGAAUCAGCCAAGUAGCAGCACCAAUUCAUCAUCGUCUGUGGCUUCUAAGAGAUUGAGCGUGACUGCAGCCUUGUCUCCAUUAGGAACAUCUUCUCCAAGAGCCUCUCUUUCAUCUCCAACUGGAAGUGGUAAUGGAAAUGGUUUUGGACAAACUCUCCUUCGUUUCGAAGAUAAAAUUAAGGACUCUUAUGAAAGAAUGAGACAAUCUACAGAAAUUUCAUUUGUCACGAUGGAAUAUGACGAGAAGGAUCAAAAAUUCCUCAAGUUCAGUAAGGAAGGAGCUAAACUUGAUGAUUUGCUUCAAGAAAUGACUCCAGAAAAAUCUCUUCAUGCCAUUGUUAAAGUUGGAGCGAUUGAAUUUGAUGAUGUCAAGAGAGACAAGUAUGUUGGAGUGACUUUUAUUGGAGAGAAAACGAAACAAAUUCGAAGAGGUGCUAUUACAGCAAACAUUAAUAUUGUGAUGGCUCAAUAUGGAUUGACUGUAUGUGUUCAUGUGAAAGAUGUGGAAAAUGUGAAAAAGGAUAUUCUUGAAAAAUUGCAAGCAAGUGCUGGAAUGAAUCGACCACGAGAAUAUUCAUUGUAUUGA